AUAGAUGAGGUUAAAAAUGUUUUUAAAUGCAUAUCCUUUGCCUUAUAGCAUCGUUGCCGCAGUCAUAUUUGAAUGUUUUUGGUUUAAAAAAAAAAAAAAAGAGGAUCUUCAAAAAACAAAAAGAGACUAUUUACCUUAAUUCAACUUUUGCGUAUUGCCAUGACUUAGAAAAAAAGCAAAUACAUUGAUAUGUUUACCAUGCUCACCGUGCAUACCGCCACCCGCACUCUCCGUUGCAGCAAUUUGGCGAACCUCUUCAUUUAAAGCCCAGUGUCACUGAUUAAAAAGUCACCUAAUUGCCCCCAAACAAUUGUCACUUUUGUUGUAGUGCGUGUUUAUAACGCACACUAAGAAAUAUUUGACAUCCGCUCGACCCCGGUGGAGAAAGUGCAGCUCGAAAAGAAGCGAUUGUCAUAAAUGGGUCGUGGUGCUUUUGUGUGUGCGCAGCUCUUUCUCUCUAGGCGCAACAUUAUUAUUAUUUAUUUUUAUUUUUUGAAGGUGUGCCUCCAUUUUACGCAGCCGAGUGUCGCUGAGCCAUCUGGCAAGUUUAAACCUGAUAAUUUCCCGCAUAUUUGGAAUACUUUAGACUUGUUAACAGGCAGCGUGUCCAUCAGCAUCCGUGUCACUUACGGCGUGAUGAUGAUGAUGACGUGCGUGCCGACGGCUCCGUUUGCGCAAAGUAUUAUCCCGACUUUAGAGAUAAUCGGCGGGGAAAAAAAAAGAAAAAGAUGAUUGACGUCAGUGACAAAAGGUGCAACAGGUGGGAAGGUGGCGUCACUGGACACGGGUCACGGGCGCAAAAUGGAGGUCGCGGUCCCAUCACGCAGCAGACGUGCUGUGUCCGCCGGAGCUCGACCCAAAUGGGCCUGGACCCAGAUGGAACGAGAGAAAACUCCUUUCCGACGUGUUAUACCAGUAGUGGCCACCAGGGUGCGACAAUCCCCUUUUUCGUAACGCACACUCACUGGACACGUUAUUAGUUACACGCGAUCGAAUGACAUUCAGUGUCCUUUGCAAAGAUAGAAGUAAUUCGUUUUGAUUGACGCAUCGCGCUUGUCGCUUGCACUGCAUAACGAGAUAAUAAUUAGGCGCACCUCGCUAUGGUGUCGCAUAGCAACAAAAUAAACAUACUGCCGAAAGGUCUUUGCAAUUUUUGCGGACAGAUGUUAUAUUGCAUUGUGCAGGCGUACUUAAUGAAGUGUCCAAGUCUUUAGCGAAUAGCGAAAAUCUGCGCGUGAUUGGGGCGCCCCUAAAUCGGUUUCUAAUUGCCUAUAAGGGCCACAAGAUGGCGACGAUGCACUGAAAUUGAAGCUCCUCAGUUGACUUCAACACAGUUCCUUGGCUACCAGAUACCACAAGAUGGUGCCGAAGCGCUCCUUUUAUAUUAAACGAGGCUUUGGCUAAUAAAAUGAAAAAAUGUGCAAAUCAGCGAGUGAGCUGCACGGGCAGCCAUUUUGGGCCGGACAGUGUCACAGAAAUGGAAAUGAACAUUCAUUCCACUGCCGUGGAUGUGUGAGGAGCUGGAAUGUUCCUUUAAGUGAAGCGCAAGCGCGGAGGAGGAGGAGCUGUGUGUGUGUGUGUGUGUGUGUGUGUGUUCCUCAGUUCGACUUGCGGGGCGAAGCGCUGCGCGUGGAAAUGAAAGACUCUGCCGUUCCCGGAGCGGCGGCACACGAGCGGGACUUUCGCUCCUCUCCCUCCUCUUCCUCACGGGAUCAUGCUUCCUCGUCUCCUCCUCCUCGGCUGCCGUGCGCCUUCGCCUCACCGGAUCUCAGCUGAGUGACCGAGAGUGGCCGCACCGGAUUGGAACCUGCGCACUUUUAUUUUUUAUUUUUUGGGGGGUGGGGGGAAAUUGCAGAACAUCUCCAACGCCUCUUUGCGGAUCGCGUCGGAGUUGAGACGACAUGCUGCCGCUUCUGCUGCUGAUGAGUGCGGCCGCGUUGUCAGGUGCAGGCGCCCCGUCGGAGGCGUCGCCCCGCGCGGGCGUGGCGCCCCGCUGCGAGAGCCGCGCCUGCAACCCGCGCAUGGGCAACCUGGCGCUGGGCCGCCGCGUCCUGACGCAGAGCGUGUGCGGCAACAACGGCAGCGAGCCCUACUGCGCCUACGCCGAGCCGGGCCCGCCGUGCGGCGCCGCCAAGUGCGCCCGGUGCAACGCCGCCCUGCCGCACCUGUCCCACCUGGCGGGCGCCAUGUCCGACUCGUCCUUCCGCCACCCCGACACCUGGUGGCAGUCGGCCGAGGGCGUCGAGUCGGAGACGGUGCAGCUGGACCUGGAGGCCGAGUUCUACUUCACGCACCUCAUCGCCGUCUUCCGCUCGCCGCGGCCCGCCGCCAUGACGCUGGAGCGCUCGCAGGACUUCGGGCGGACGUGGCACACGCUGCAGUACUACGCCCGCAACUGCAGCGCCGCGUUCGGGAUCCCGGAGGGCAAGGCGGCCGCGUCGGCGCGGCGUGGAGCCGCCUGCACGUCCAAGUACUCGAGGGCGUACCCGUGCACCCGAGGGGAGGUGAUCUACCGCACCCUCCCCAAGUGGGAGUCUCUGGAUCCCUUCGGCCCGGAGGGCCAGCGGCAGCUGCGGGUGACCAACGUCCGCAUCCGACUGCUCAAGCGCCAGCCGUGCCCGUGCCAGGCCAAAGACGCCGCCGCGCCGAGCGAGAUUCCGCCCACGCGCCACUUCGCCAUCUACGACCUGAUCGUGAAGGGCAGCUGCUUCUGCAACGGGCACGCCGAGCAGUGCGUCCCCGCGCCGGGGUACCAGCCCGUCCGGGACCGCACCAACCACGUGGUCCACGGGAAGUGCGUGUGCCGACACAACACGGCCGGGGAGCACUGCGAGCGCUGCGCCGCGCUCUACAACGACCGGCCGUGGCAGCCCGCCGACGGCCUGACGGGGGCGCCGCACGAGUGUCGCAAGUGCAAGUGUAACGGACACGCUCACAGCUGCCAUUUUGAUUGGUCGGCGUGGAGGGACUCGGGCCAGCGCAGCGGCGGCGUUUGCGACUGCCUGCACGACACCGAGGGGCGGCAGUGUCAGAACUGCAAGGCCGGCUUCUACCGGGACCCCCGGCGGCCGCACACGGCCUCCAACUCUUGCAAGCCAUGCAACUGUCACCCUCUGGGUUCCAUGGCCGUGCGCGCGGCCAGCGACGCGCUGUGCGACCCGGCCAACGGCGACUGUAUCUGCAAGCCGGGCGUGGGCGGCGCCCACUGCGACAGGUGCAUGGUGGGAUACUGGGGCUUCCACGAGUACGGCUGCCGGCCGUGCGACUGCGCUGGAGACUGCGACCCCUUCACGGGCGACUGCGUACUCGCCUCGGACUUGUACAACUCGGAGGGAAACUCCAGCGAGUCCGUCCGGAUCUUCAGAGUGGACGAGCUCUUCUCUGCCCUCCACUACUCAGAGAAGUGCGAGUGCAAAGAGCAGCCGCUGACCAACAGUCAUCUGUUCUGCACCAUGAACUACGCGUACGUGUUGAAGGUGAAGGUGCUGUCGGCCCACGACAAGGGCUCGCACGCCGAGGUGGAGGCCAAGGUCCAGAAGGUGCUGAGUCAGAAGGUGAAGCUCCAGCGGGGCCGCGUCACCCUGUACCCCGAGUCGUGGACGGCCCGGGGCUGCACCUGCCCCAUCCUCAACCCGGGUGCGGAGUACCUGGUGGCGGGCCACGCCGACAGGAAGCGGGGCCACCUGCUGGUCAACAUGAAGAGCUUCGUUAAGCCAUGGACGUCCAGCUUGGGACGCAAAGUGCUCACGCUGCUCAAGAAGGACUGCAACUGGUAGACGCGCACACGCGGGUAAGACUUUUGCCCCGCAGACGUCCUCCACGCACGCCUGGAUUAUGAAACGUGGAUUAUCAUUAUGGGGGGUUGUUACCUGGACUGACCUCAGAGGAAAAAAGGUCUCUGCGCACUUUAACCAGCAAGAUGGACUGGACUGGAAUAUGAACGCACAAAGACGCAAUUACACGCACAAAGUACAAUGUGUACAGUGGACACACACACACAUACAAACAGUGAGAGAGAAGAAGCCAUACAAGCCACUGCAGGUGGUUCAGUCCUCGCCAGUCCAGGUUUGUCGCCUGCGUGGAAAUGGCGGCGUAUCGCUCCCGAGCGUGAAUGUAUUUGCCUGAGUGUGCGCCUGCGUACGAAUGAGGAGUUGAAGCACGAGCACAGUCCCAGUCCAGCUCUUUUUCUUCUCGUUGCCACUCGUCCUUCCUUCCUCCCCUUCUGUGCUCUUUGUACAGUGUUGUUUGUAUAUCGAUAUAAAUAUUAUUAUUGUCACGUGACAGUAAUUUUUUUUCAGCUU